AUGCCUUCUCAAGGAUCUCAACCGCUUUCCCAGUCGUCUCCUUUGUGUCUUCCGUUGGUCAAAUUUUCCUAUGCUACUGUUUCGAAUGAUAAUAUUGUUCCCAUACCAUGGAUCCAUCUGUCCAGCAAGAAUGCUCUAUUUGCCGUUUUCGAAACCAGCCCCGUUCAUCUCGAGGAUGGCCGUACGGAGGACAGACAGAAGUUCAAGGUCUUGAAGGAUCCAGAAGUCAUGGAAGAACUCGAUCUCAACGCUCUUUCGGUCGAAGCCCACGGUGUUCUGGCUCAAGCCCCGGCUGUCUCGUCUGCUAAUAUUCCUAUCGUCGCUGUUAUUGUCAAAGUCCCAAUGAUUGCUAUCAAAUAUCCUCUGGACAAUGGACAGAUCCGACGUUUCCAGAUCCGCUUCAGCAAGAACGAAGACUAUUACGAAGCCAUGAAAAUGCUGGCGCGCGCCAAUGUCCCUACUGUCGAAGCCGGCACCUUUCCCAGCGUCAAAUAUCAGCCAGCUCCAAAACCGCCUUCCGUUAGUCUCAUCGCACCUGACGAAUCGGCAUCUCAGGUAGAUGGAGACAAUGGUGGGCCCAGAACAUACGGUAUCAAUGACGGCGCGUCCUCGAUCUCAGGCUCUCGACUAGCUCCAGGGGGCCCAUCCGCGAUGGCACCUCCCCAGACGUUCUCAGCAUUCACAAACCGUGGAGAACAUCGGGUAAUGGCACAACCGCCAGCUAUCAGCACGAUGCAGACAGGUCUCCCAACAGAACCCCAGCCAGGUUAUCGGAUUCCAAACAUUUCAUUGAGUACAGCCACAACUCUCGUCCCUGGCAAGCAAGAUUCCAGAUCUUACCCUGUGCAGCCUCGUAUCCGAAAUCCGGAAGGCGACUUGUAUCAAAGAGAAAGCAUUCCUGUGGCUGAAAGGCAACAUGGGGAUAUCGUAGCGGCGCAUCUUUCCCACAUUCCGAUACCCUCUCGGGAAGUGAUUCAUGCUCUCGCCCCCAGUAGGCAGGAAAACCCGGUUCGGCCAAUCGGACAAGGGGCAUCAGAUCAUCCUCAUUCGUUGCAUGCGACCAGAAGAACCACGUCGAGAUCCCAGCAUGGCCAGAAGGACGUACAGUUACACGAGGCCGGCCCAGGCAAGCCAGAGCCUCCCACGAAGACGACCGAAAAGGCUAAGCGGAAGAGAGGUGCUGCCAGCAACACGAAGAAGGCACCAGCAGCCAAAAAGCCAAGAGCAGCUGCUGUUCCUGCGAGGAAGGGGAAGCCGGCUCCAAAGAAGUCACCGGUACCGACUGUUGAAGAAUUGCUUCAACGGCCGGGAUACAGCCUGCUUCCUUAUGAGUCCGCUGGUCAGGCUCCAACCUUGCCUCGUGCGCAACAGUCCGUCCGCCAGCAAGAAGGAUUCAGCCAAACGGAAAGACCGAGUGCAGAAAUACCAGAAUCAGAGCACGAAGCCCACAAUCGCGACGCCGUGAGCCCAGAGCUGGGCCAAGCCGUGAGCAGCUGCAUAACCCGAUCUGUUUCACGGGCUCUUGCCGCCCCUCGACCAAAUGUCUUAACCAAACAAGGGCCGACAGAUGUUGCCGCCUUCGAAGGUGCACCGCCACCAUGUACGCCCGCAGAUCAGAUCAUGUGGUACGCUGCUACCCCUGCGUCACCAACCGCGCAAGCACACUCCACUCCUCUCGAAGCGUGGGAAUCACGUCGAGGACCAAGCCCUAGCCAGGACCUGCCACCAGCCACUGUGCCUGCUACGCUGAGCGACCCGUUACUGCCCAUGGCACAACAAUGCAUGGUCCACGAUGAGAAUUUCGACCUCCUGAAUGCAGACUCUCGGCUCGAAGCGUGGAACAACCUUGCACCUCCGACACGAAUAACCGCGUUGAGGAGUUACUUUUGUGGAUUAAUCCUGAAGGAAGAGUUUGUGGAUUUGGUGAAGAGUAUAAGUUCAUUGUGGGAGGGAGCGAUUUUGGAAGGCCGUGUGACAAGGGAUCUCAUGACAACCGCGAGGGAGACUGCAAUGGACGACGCCGCAGGACAGCUGUAA